AACGAAUAGCCAAGCCUCUCUUCUCCCACCUAAGUACUUUGAGACCACCCUACUGGCUGGGAGUCACAAAGCUCAGAAAAGUUACCUGCGACUCACAACUGAGUGUUCUUUGCUCACCUGAAACCCCGUGGCACACAGCCAAGCACUGAGAGGAACAAGAUGUUGCAUGAAAUCAAACUAUCCACAGCUGAAUGUGGCCCCCCCUGGCCCCCCCACUUGUGUGGCGGCCGCCAUCGCUGCCUGGGCCCACUGGCCUUCCACACAGGGUCAGCGGGGUCCCAGAUCUCCCUCAGCCUGGGCGGCCGGAGGGCAGAAAGGGCCCGUGGAACCUUCCAGAACGGUGUGGUCUUCAGCAGCCGGCCGGUGAAGGUGAGGGAGAGGAUACGCUUGCGAGUCGAGGUCGGGGACCAGCACUGGGAAGGGGCUCUUCGGCUAGGGUUCACCGCCGUCCCCCCCGUGUGGGCUUCCCCUGCUGCCAUGGCGAUUCCACACCUGACGGACAAGCCCGGCUACUGGGCGGGGGUGGUGCCGGACUCGCUCGCCCCACUGGGCUCGGAGCUGUGCUUCUGGGUGGACCCCCAGGGGCGGGUCAUCUUGGAGAACAGCAGCGGACGGCGAGGCGUGCUGCAGGAGGGCGUGGACGUCAGACGAAAGCUGUGGGCCAUGAUUGACGUGUAUGGACAGACACGAGCAGUGCUCUUAUUGGGAUCGGAGAAGAAGGGAAAAUUUGGGAUAAGGAGAUCCUGCCCCACUCCGCCCCCACCUCCAGUGUCCCGUGGAGACAGCUGCCUGUGUGUUCCCAAAGGCAGGACCUUCCAUGUGCACAGAAGCACUGCCUCUCUUCCACAACAGCAGCAGCUCCCUGACACAGCACCCCCUACAGGUGUGCAUUUGGAGGAGGACUGUUCCGUCUGUCUGUCCUUGAGGGCCAGUGUCACCCUGUCCUGUGGUCACCGGUGCCUUUGCAUCCCCUGUGCCACCAGAGUGGCCGAAGAGUUUGGCAACUGCCCCCUCUGCCGUCAGCCAAUCAUUGGUUUCUGCGAUGUGCAUGAGGGCUGAGGAGGCGGAGCCAGCAAGAGGGAAUGAAGAAGUGAUCUGAUUGGCUGUUCCCUUCACAAGCUGAAACUGCACAGCACACUGAUUCAGUGCUGCUGCUCUGGCAUUGCUGUACAUCAGCAUGAAAUACAAUGUAAGAAAUGUCAGGAACAAGGGGGACAGCGUGUUGGGCGGAGUUUAUAGCCGUUGGGUUCUGUGUUCAAAUCCUGGCAUAAGACACUUCCUGCUGUGCUCUUAUUCAGGCACUGUUGGCUGACUUUCUGCAGGAAGUGCCUGGGCAGCUAAUGAACAUGACAGUCUGCUACCACUGCAAAGAGCAACUGAAGCUCUAAAGGUCUAAGCAGGUUAUUUCACUAAAUGCGCACAGGGCAUACACACCACUCACUCACACACUCAAACCUAGGGGCAAUUUAGGGCCUCCAGGCCGACCUACAUGUUUUCGGACUCUGGGAGGAAACCGGAAUACCCAGAGGGAUUGCCGAGAUUUGGCUACCCACUGCACCACCAUGCAACCCUUCAAAAAAUGUGAUUUUAGUAUUGUUGCUGUAAUUCAUGCUUUCUGCACAACCCUGUACUACGUACUGAAACCAAUUAGACCCAUAUUCUCAUAACUCCUAAAAUGUCUAUAUUGAGACAAUAUACUGUAGUAAUAUAGGGUUGAUGUUAAAAAUUAAUUUAGUAAAAUAUUGUAUGUACUGUAAUGAUGUAAUAAACUGUUAA